AAACCAGGAUCGUUCUGACCGAUCGUGUCUAAACCCUCUCUCCGUCUCAGAUCUUGAAACUGCCGCUGCCCCUGCUCCGAUCACCGAGUCCACUCAGAGCUGAUAGAUCUUUAGAUCUUUCUUCGUUGGGGCGUCUGCUCGUAAUCCGAUUCUACGAGAAAUGGCUUUAGGUGGAACAGCUCCCCCAAGGGGAAGUGCCGCAGCUACUGCGAGCUUAAGGAGGAGGAGGACUUCGGGGACUGGAGCCUCAGGUGGUGCGACUGGGACCAUGCUCCAGUUCUACACCGAUGAUGCACCAGGACUGAAGAUCUCCCCAAAUGUUGUUCUUAUCAUGAGCAUCGGCUUCAUAGCUUUCGUUGCAGUCCUUCAUGUCAUGGGGAAGCUCUACUUUGUCCAACGAUAGAAGAUAUGGGGCAGCCAUCAAGCGUAACAGUCUAAUUACUGUGGGUUCCCCUGCAUGAUGGACCAGUGUUAGUUGUACUUUUGAUCAAAUUUCACUAAUGUUGUUGAGAGUUUGAGGCUGCAGUGCGAUGGAUAUAUCCGGUUUAAGUUUAAGCUCAUUAGACCGCAUGGCUUUAGGUAAUUCUUUAUGGCAUGCUCGAUACAACUGAGAAUGCAUUACGUCUCUUAUUCAGGAAACGACGUUAUAUGAAAGAUUAGUUUUAUGAAUA